AUGCCAAAGCUGGCCUCGCCCUCUCUGCGCCUCCAGGUGCUACAGCCCUCAACCACAGCAGGCCGAGGCUUCACAUCUUCACCGCGGUGCCGGCUCGCCCAAGCGCAGCAUGGCAUCUUGAAUGAGCCCUGGCUGCCCCCACCCACGACAGUGCCUCUCUCUACUACAUAUUUCUCGCCAGCCAGAGUACGCAGGGGUAUCGAUGGCCUGGAACCACCUUUUCAAAAAGGAGAUUACAAGCCACCAGAUGAGCGGGUCCUGAAGCUCGGAAAGACUUUACGAACACUAUCUCCUCUUCUUCCUACAAUUCUAUACAAUACCCUCCCAGCCGAAAUCCUUGCGCCGAGCGUCAAUCUCCACCUCUUCCCGUCAACCCAUCCACAUCUCCCUACCGUUAAAGGCCGUACUCUCUAUCGAGCAGCAUUAUGGACCGUUCCAGUCGCAUGGAGUAGCGUUCCACUUGUCGGGAAUGUGAAACUUCAAAUUCUCAGCGAGCGAAUAGUGCGCGCCGGAACCGUUCUUGAUCCCGAACAUACAGAAAACCACGACUGCGGGGACGAGCGGUUAGUUGUACGUUGGAGGACCGAGCCGCGAACCGAUAGUCGACCAUUCCAUGAGUCGCGUAGUACUGCAGAGGAACAGCGAACCCCUUCAAAUCCAGCCCAAGUUGCGGGUACUGAUACAGGAGCUACAUCCCAACCGCAUCAUGCGAAUAGCCAUUUGUCGUCCUCAUCAGCAGCGAAGAAGAGCACGAACAAGGGACUGAGUAAACUGCUUGGUGGCGAAGAACCAAUCUUCAAGCUAUCCAAGGAGGAACAAUUUACAGGACUGUUCAUAUUUUCUUUCGACGAAAAGGGUCGCAUCUUAACACAUACGAUCGAGCACGCUGAUGAGGCCGAUGGAUGGGAUCGCACAGCAAAGUUCGUAACCCUGACAGAUUGGCUUAUCGGUAAAGCACGCGGGUCAUUAGACCCAGCACCAAACCCUGGACUAGCGAUCGAGUCUUGUGGAGACUAUGAGCUACGUACCAGCAACGCUCGGCGAUCAUAA